UGUUUUCAUAUUUUCCUGGCUCAACAGUAAUUUUCACUUCGCAUUUCAUCCACUUUUCACAACUCCUUUGUUUUUCCAAUCUUCCAAUCUUCCAACUUCAUUCUCUCUAACGAAACUCACAUUCAGCUACAAUGAAAUUCUCGACUGCAAGCAGUUCUGUUCCAUUUACAUUAUUUUCUUCGCUCUUCGCCAAUAUUGCUCUAGCCGAGCUACUCGGUUGCGAUGCCAUCGGUUGUCCAGUAGACCAGUUUCGCACCGCGCAAUGUAAAGUUGGGAAUGCGACUUUGAAAGCUGUUGGCAUCACGAACUUCACCACCACAAUUGAUCCAAAACCACUGACCUGGACCUUGGGUCUCGAAGAAAGCCAGCAAACGGGAAACGACUCACAAAAGAAGUUGACUCUUGACCGGAACUUCUAUCUUGGCACUCCACCAUCCUUUCAACUCAAAGAUGCCAUCGGAUGCGCUCUCUUCUUCGAAGGAAUAGCGCCAAAUCUCACAACUACGAACAAGGAAAACUUUACUUGUUCCGAUGCUCUCAACAACAACUGCGUCUCCGAUCUGAUAAUCCAAGCUGAAGCAUCUGGUGAGGUGGUGAACGACUCAGACUUCUGCAAUAAGUUGCGAGAUUCCUUGGUCGGUAAACCUCCUUCGACUUGUAAUGGGGUCAAGGGAUCAUGGGGGAAGAUAGUUGCUCAAUGUGAGUACCACAUUUCCAAAGUUCAUUUUCCCAGUACUAAUUCAUCCCAGCACUAAGCGGCAGCAACAGUCUUCAGAAGUUAGACCAAAGCCAAUGUCGAGCUACCACUGGUCAAGGAUACGAUAUUUCUCUCAUCGAAAGCCAACGGCAACAACCUGCUAGCCGCGACCUAGAAUUACUUUCGCCAAUUCUCAAUUCUAUCACGCCUGUAAUGACUGUUUUCAAGAAAGGCAAUGAUACGAAAGCCGAGUUGACCUGCCUCAGAUUGGUUGAGAGUAAAGCGAACCAAACCACAGAUGACAGUUCUCCGAAAAAGUCAUCGGCUGGUAUUAACAAGAUGUCUAUGACAGGUCUUGCUUUGGUGUUGUUGACUUUUGGUUUAAUGCUAUGAGUGGUGGGAUUUUCAUUUACGUGUAGUCAAAUUGCACGCUCCUUUCCACAUAGAUACUAGAUUUCUUUUCCAGAUAACAAUUUUAUUAUCCCCAGCUUUCGCCUGAACUGCAAGACUUCAUUUUGCCUCAAAGUGUGAUGAUAUUAAGAUUUGAUGAAAUAAAAUUAAAACUAUACCUUGUCUACUCAUUAUGACAAACAACUAUGUUGUGAUUUCCAUCACAGCACGAGCGAGUCGCCAAGUGCAUCACGGUGAGAAGGGGAAAACACAAGGUCUAACCGAGUGCAUCAGGAAUAGCAACCAAACGAAAAAGCAAUCAGAAUAUUCAAGAGGCGUAGUAAUCUGAUCCUUUCCAAAAACCUUUCGCUACGUAUAGAACUUAAAACAAAUCAUCUGACAGUGAGAUCGAAUCCUCCAAAGGCAAGUACAAUCCAGAAUUUCCCGUGCUUCGAUUUUCACGCCCUUCCAUGCGCGAUCAGAUGCUUGGCAUGGAUACUUCCAAAAACUUGGUUGAACAAACAUCUAGUAAGAUUAAAAACAGCACGGUAUCUUCGGCAGAAUGGGGCGAUGUAAAUCACUUUGUAAUGUACCUGGAAGUUGGGGGCGGCUUGCUUCCCACGUGCAUGUCCCGCCACCUUGGCACAUUACUGAAGAUGACCCACAUAUACGACGAAGGAACGAUUGCAGUUUCGCAGGAUUCAGACCAAGUUCCAGCGGCUAGGUUCAAAAUUGUUUCUCACCUAAUGCUUGUUGAUGAGGGAGGAAGUAGGAAUACACGCCGCAUUCAGAUCAUCAGAGGUAAAGUGAUUUGAAAUAUGUAUAAGUAGUACUGGCAGACAUGAGACGCAAGAGUCUCAUCAACUUAUCAGCCUAUACUUUUGCAUCUUCCUUUUCUUUUUCUAUAUCCAAUUUUCGCUCUUUAACUUCAAGCAUCUACUUUCCUUGCAAAGAUUCUUGUCAAUCCUUACAGCACUCAACUCAGUUUCGACAAUGCGUUUCAAUAGUGCGGGUUUUCUCCUCAGUUUAGCUGCUUUCAGCAGCGUGCCAGAGGCCUUUGGAAGAGCAGUUCCCAAGACAGGAAUUUCCCGUAAGAAUACUCUUGCCAAUUCCCGUAAAAUAAAAUAAACUCUAACUGAAGGUAAUAGUGUAUAACGAGAACUACGUUCGAGCUGCACCAGUUCGAAUCACUCCUCCUAAAGAGGUUCCUCCUGUCAAGCCCGGUAGUGGUAUUCCUUCACACACAGGAGACACCCCGGGUGGCGAAGGUACUCCAGUGCGUAUUGGUACAGGUGAUAAAACUCCUGGUACCACUCCCAACGAUAAACCUGUCCAUAUUGGAGACAGUAACGUCAACCCCGACGCCCCUAAUACCCCAGAGAUCUGUAGCAGAACCAAUGGAUGCCGGAAGGAGCUUCUGUCAACUGACAAGUUGGCGGAACGCGGGGAUGAGGGUAUCAGGCGUGCCAGUAAUCCAGCAAAAGCCAAAGAUUAUAGCACGCAAGAGAAAGACAGCUACAAUUUCGAAAAGUCCGAUUUUGAAGGUGUGGAGGACUCUAUCGAAACAAUCGAAUUCGACAAAAAGUACGGAUUUGAUGCCGAGGAUGCAAAAGGAUGGCAGACGAUGGAAGUCAGAUCAAAAGUCCACUCAUCAGAUCCUAUCGUCAAAAUGAGUGUUGGCAGGUCGACGAAGGACGGCAAAGAUUAUGUUGCUAUCGUUGCCCACAGUCGAUUUGCAGAAAACGAUGGUGCUCGCUUCAAGCAAGAUUCGCGUGGUGCUCCCGUUAAGGAAAAUGAUCUUCUGGUCCCUACUGAAGAUGCCGCGAGUAAAUCUGUUCCUGUAUAUCAGCUCGUCCAUGAUGCUGCCCAGGUAUGAGCUGGACUUCCCACAUUCUCUAUCAUUCUUUGGUAUUGUGUACUAAUAGAGAACUGGACAGCAAUCCGGAAAGCUUGACGGAAAAAAGCCUGACAAGUACCUACUCGUUUCUGAAAAUGUUAUCAAUGGUGAAGCCGACAGGGACAUCGACGCGGCACAUGCGGCUCUAAAAAAGGGGGGGCAACCGAACGUUAUGAAGAAAGACGCCACCGGUGAAGAAGGAAAAUGGUUCAAGAUCCUUGCUGGUAAUGAUAACAACUAUUCUUACCUCAACACCGUUGGUCGUAACCCAGAUACCUUCAAGGACUACGAAAUUAUCAGUAUUGAGACCAGAGACGGUUCAAAGCCGACAAUGGCCAUUGAACUUGCUAAGAAAGCAUAGACAAAGAGUAGCGAGGCGUUCAAGUGCUUGUGUAUUUUAACUGGGA